AUGCGCUCUGAGUUCCACACAACUCCCCUAAUUAUAAUCGUCAUAGCAUUUAUAACUAACUCUCUAUCUAUCACAAAUAAAGAAAUGUUUAACAGAAAUUAUUAUACGCCUUGCCAUAUAUUUCUAGUUAAUAGGAAUAUAUUGUGGAACGGAUCAUGCUUUCUCAUUAGAUCGAAAUCCACCAUAGCAAAACUACAUUCUCAAAUUUCUCAUAUAGACAACCCAGUUUAUUCCCCUCCAGACCCAUUUAAAUAUUACCCAAACGAAUAUAACUCCGGUUUUAAUUCAAAUAAAGCCCCUUACCAUGGAAGAUUCAAUAAGUAUGAUCAUGGGCAUAGAAUACCUUAUUAUCAAAGAAGACAAUCUAGACCCUAUAACACAAUAAAUAAUUAUCAACGUCAAAACAAUUCUGCAUAUGGACAAUUUGGGAAUAGACUACAAAAAAUCCAAUGGAAUGAUUAUGAUCUUGUGGAAAUUAAAAAGGAUUUUUAUAAUUUAAGCAAGGAAGCUGACACCAGAAGUGCUGAGGAUAUCGAAACUCUCUUGGCGGAUAAUUCAAUAUUAAUGGAUGGACAACCCCCAUUACCAAAACCAGUUAAUUCAUUUGAUGAGGCAGUUUUUAAUCCUGUUAUCCAACAAUUACUAAAAAGUUCUGGAUUUCAGGAACCCACGCCUAUACAAAAAGUUGGAUGGACUUCAUGCCUUACAGGCCGUGAUGUAAUAGGUAUUUCACAAACUGGUUCAGGGAAAACUUUGACAUUUCUUUUGCCUGGUCUGUUACACAUAUUGGCCCAACCACCAUUGUCUCCUGGAGAAGGGCCGAUUAUGUUAGUUCUAACACCUACUAGGGAAUUGUGCAUUCAGAUAUCAGAAGAAUCAGCAAAAUUCGUCAAAACAUUGAAUUUGAGAGGUGCAACUAUUUACGGAGGGGUGUCAAGAUAUCCGCAAUUACAACAAUUGCAGAGAGGAGCCGAGAUAAUAGUGGCUACACCUGGAAGAUUGGUUGAUUUCUUGGAAACAAAUAAUACUAAUUUGAGAAGGGUUAGUUAUUUGGUUUUAGAUGAGGCUGAUAGAAUGCUUGAUAUGGGCUUUGAAAACCAAAUUAGGAAUAUAUUAUCACAAGUUCGUCCCGAUAAACAAAUUGUAAUGUUCACUGCUACUUGGCCAAAAGAUAUUAAAAUGCUAGCAUCAGAAUUUUGCGCAAAUAACACUAUUUACAUUCAAGUUGGGGAUAGAGAGCUAUCUGUAAACCCACGCAUUACUCAACAUGUCAAAGUUAUCAAUUCAAGUGAAAGUAAAAGUGCCGUGUUAGACUACUUGGAAAAGCAUAGAGAUAAAAAGAUACUGAUAUUUUGCGAUUUUAAGAGAUUAUGUGAUCAAAUGUGCCAAGAAUUACGAUUCCGUAACUUCAAAGCGCUUUCUUUACACGGGGAUAAAUCUCAAACUGAACGCGAGAGAGUUCUAAAUAUGUUUAAAAACGGAAAUUGCGAUGUAUUGAUAGCAACCGAUGUAGCAGCUAGAGGUCUGGAUGUUAAAGAUAUUAACGUAAUUAUCAAUAUGGAUAUGCCAAAGAGAACAUCCGAUUACAUUCACAGAAUAGGAAGAACUGCAAGGGGAGAAAAGACAGGCGAGUCCAUGCUAUUUUUUGUGUACGAUUAUCUUGAUCCAUUGAAGUGCAAAUUGGCCAGUGAAGUCGUCGAGAUCUUGGAAAGGGGAAACCAGGAAAUCCCCCAAGAACUCCUCGACAUUGCUAAAUGCAAAAAAUAA